UGGACCCACUUAUCUUCUUUUCUUAAUUGAAAACUUGAGGGUUUCUCCCCCUUCAAAACUAAAAAUUCAAUUCGUCGGCGCUGUUUAUAUAUUACUGCUGCUAUGGCAUUGCUUCUGUCGAGUGUGCAAUUUCAACCUCGGGUAAGAAUUUUAUAUUCUGUAAAAAAAAGGCAAAAUCCAGAGACCAUUAUUCUUUACAAAAGGUACCCAAAAUCCAAAAUCCAAUUCUCUUUCUCUAGCCAGCGAUUUCGGUACCUGAGCUCGGCUUCAAUUAAUGCAUACUCCUCCGUACAAGAAUAUCCCGAGGGUAGUUCGAGUGAUGCAGGGUUGAGGGAGAAGCUGGUGGAAUGGAUCAGAUUUGUUCGAAAUGUAUUUCCGGGUGGAAAUUGGUGGAGGUUUUCGUCAGAAAACGUAGAUGUUGGAGGAACAGCGAAGCCUGUGACUGUUGUACAUGCUCUUCACAGAAUGUGGAAAUUGAUAGCUAAAGAUGGUUUGCUCGUUUUUGCUGCUUUUACUGCACUGAUUGUUACUGCUUUAUCAGAAAUUUCUAUCCCGCAUUUUCUGACAGCAUCCAUCUUUUCGGCACAAAGUAGCAGUAUCCCACUGUUCCACAGGAAUGUGCGAAUCUUGAUUGUGCUGUGCAUCAUUUCGGGAAUAUGCAGUGGUGUGCGAGGUUGCUUUUUUGGGCUCGCAAAUAUGAUCCUGGUCAAGCGAAUGAGGGAAAAAUUAUAUUCCACUCUUCUUCUUCAGGAUAUAUCCUUUUUUGAUUCUGAAACAGUUGGUGAUUUGACAAGUAGGCUAGGGGCAGAUUGUCAACAAGUGUCUCGUGUUAUUGGAAAUGACCUAAAUCUGAUUUUACGCAAUUUUCUCCAGGGAACAGGUGCAUUAGUUUAUUUGUUGAUUUUGUCCUGGCCACUGGGAUUGUGCACAUUGACUAUCUGCUGUGCACUAUUCACAAUAAUGCUAUUAUACGGACAAUACCAGAAGAAAGCAGCCAAAUUUAUUCAGGAGUACACUGCUUGUGCAAAUGAAGUUGCCCAAGAGACAUUCUCUCUCAUGAGGACUGUACGAAUAUAUGGAACUGAGGAACAAGAACUUCAAAGGUAUGCACGGUGGAUGGGGAAGUUAGCUGAUAUAACCUUGCGCCAGAGUGCUGCUUAUGGAUAUUGGAACUUUAGCUUCAACACACUCUAUCACUCAACUCAGGUUAUUGCUGUGCUGGUAGGAGGAAUAUCUAUCCUGGCUGGUCAUAUUACAGCAGAACAACUUACAAAAUUCGUAUUAUACAGUGAAUGGUUGAUUUAUUCUACAUGGUGGGUUGGGGACAGUUUAUCGUCAUUGAUGCAAUCUGUUGGGGCAAGUGAGAAGGUUUUCCAAUUAAUGGAUCUCGGUCCUAGUGGUCAAUUCAUUGACAAAGGAGGCAAGUUGGAAGGAUUAGCAGGACUCAUUGAAUUUGUGAAUGUUAGUUUCUACUAUCCUUCAAGAGUGAAGGUGCCGGUACUUCAACAUAUUAACUUCGUGGUGCAUCCCGGUGAAGUAGUAGCGCUUGUUGGCCUAAGUGGUAGUGGGAAAAGCACUCUGGUGAACCUUCUCCUCCGUCUGUAUGAACCAAUAAGUGGGCAGAUAUUUAUUGAUGGCUACCCGAUUAGAGAUUUCGACAUCAAGUGGUUGAGGGAAAGAAUUGGAUAUGUGGGACAGGAACCUAGACUUUUCCGCAUGGAUAUCAGCUCAAACAUAAGAUACGGCUGUAGUAGAGAUGUCAAUCAACAAGAUGUGGAAUGGGCUGCCAAGGAGGCCACUGCCCAUGACUUCAUUUCGUCUCUACCCAACGGCUACCACACAAUUGUUGAUGAUGAUUUGCUCAGUGGAGGCCAGAAGCAGCGAAUUGCAAUUGCUAGAGCCAUUCUUAGGGAUCCAGAUAUUUUAGUACUUGAUGAAGCCACUAGUGCUCUAGAUGCAGAGAGUGAACACAACAUUAAGGGUGUGCUUCGUACUGUCAGAAGAGAACUGAACUCAAACAGAACUGUCAUAGUAAUUGCUCACCGGCUUUCGACAAUACAAGCUGCUGACAGAAUAGUUGUGAUGGAAAGCGGAAAAGUAGUUGAGGUGGGUAGCCACAAAGAGCUUCUCCUCAAGGAUGGCUUGUAUGCUCGAUUAGCCAGAAGACAGUCUGAUGCUAUGGCAUGAACUUUUGCAGUUGACUGACAUAAAGGUUCGGGCCAAUUCUUUGGCUCACUAAGUUCCUGAUUAGACACUGCAGAUAGGUUAGCUUCAAAGAUUUUGCUGCAUCACCGGCCAAUGCUACGAACCUUUUGAGUUUGAUGGUGCUUAAUGUAUAACUUAUUCAAGGGUUGGGAAUGAUGAUGUCCGAAGAGUAGCAUAGACUUUUUCGACAAAGAGCAGAUACGUUGAUCCAUGACAAUGACUCAGAAGCAUGUCAUUGUGGUUCAAUAUACUAAAGCUGAAAUUGGAAGGAAACACAAACUCUUCUCAUGAUAGAGAAGCAUAUUUGUUUACUGGAUGAUUGUAUUAGAUUAUAUUAGAUGGUUUAAUUACACUUGAGAGUGAUUUAUUCUAAACCGAACCAACAAUAUGUUAUUUUAUCGAUAAUGACUUACUGGUUUAACACGUUGAUAGCAGUUUUGAUUUAUUUUUUAUCGGGUUAUCAGUUCCGGUUUAGGGCUUUUUAAAGAGUUAAUUAAUAACCCGACAGCGGGGUAUAAAUUGUCUAUGUUCCUUAUAUUAUACUGUACUUAGAUUGUGAAGAUAAUACAAAGUUAGUUUUCCUUUUAUAUUAAAUAUUAUGCUUGCUCUUUUGAA